CUGCGACGGACAACCUGAAACAGCUGCAGUAAAGACGUGGCAAACCACUAGAAGAGCUGGAAACCUGGCCUGCAAUGUGGAUCUGAACACUGUCAAAUUAAAGCGUAUUCCUUCUUUGCAGAGGGGUCGCCACAGCGGAGCAUCACAGUCAGCAUGUUAAUUAGGACUAGGUUUUACACCAGAUACCCUGAUGCAACCCCACGAGCACGGGAAGAACUCAUGCUGGAGUCGAACCGGGAACGAACUCUUUGAGGCAGCACCAGUACCAACCACUCAGCUACCCACCACAUAUGGAUAAAAAAAUGAAGAAAGAGGAGGCGGAAAACUAUGAUCCGAGGAUGAUUUCUGCCAGGAAAACUCCGGAGAAGAGUCGCUAUCCUACCCACUAUCUGGUGUGGCACAACAAGCCGCGGCAGCUGGAGAAGGAGCUGGCAGCCAGCGAGCAGACUGAUUUGGAGUCCCUGGACCCCCGUGGACGGACUCCUCUGCACCUGGCUGUCACUCUGGGCUACCUGGAGUGUGCCAGAGUUCUGCUGCAGCACGGAGCCGACGUUAGCAAGGAGAACCGCAACGGAUGGACCGUUCUUCAGGAGGCGGUGAGCACCAGGGACCCAGAGCUGGUGCGUCUUGUGCUCCGUUACCGUGACUACCAGAGGACUGCCAAGAGGCUGGCGGGCAUCCCCGUCCUGCUGGAGCGACUGCGCCAAGCACAAGACUUCUACGUGGAGAUGAAAUGGGAAUUUACGAGCUGGGUGCCCCUCGUGUCCCGGAUCUGCCCCAGCGACACCUACAGGGUCUGGAAGAGCGGUCAGUGUCUCCGGGUGGACACGACCUUGAUGGGGUUUGAGCAGAUGACCUGGCAGAGAGGCAACCGGAGCUUCAUAUUCAGGGGACAAGACCAAAGCGCAGAGGUGAUGGAGGUGGACCACGACAGGCAGCUGGUGUUCUGCGAGACCCUGUGCGUCUCGUCGCUCGCUGCGCUCUCACCUGGCCGGGGCAAGGGCGGGGCCUGCUGCAGCAAUGCCGCCGGGUUGGGUCUCCUGGGAGCGAUGAAGCCGAGCGAUGAGCAGGUAGCGGCCAGGCUAUCGGCCCCUGUAGUGACCACGCAGCUGGACACCCGCAACAUCACCUUUGAGAGGAAUAAGACGGGCAUCCUGGGCUGGAAGAGCGAGAAGACGGAGACGGUGAAUGGAUACGAAGCCAAGGUGUACGCAGCGUCCAAUGUUGAGCUCAUCACCAGGACAAGAACUGACCACCUGUCAGACCAGAACAAGAACAAGACAAAAGGUGGGAAAACGCCACUGCAGAACUUCCUGGGGAUUGCGGAGCAACACAUGGGGCCAAACAAUGCGGCUCUGGUGACCCAGAUGUCGUCUCCCACGGUGACGAACCCUGGCGCGCUGACAGCCGAGGAAUACUUCAACCCCAGCCUGUCACCGACCCAGAGGGACAUCGGCCACCCGUGCCACCUCACCACCAAGACCCAGAGGUUCAAAGCCAAGCUGUGGUUGUGCGAGUCCCAUCCUCUGUCCCUGGCAGAGCAAGUGGUGCCUAUCAUCGAUCUCAUGGCGAUCUCCAACGCCCUGUUCGCUAAGCUGCGGGACUUCAUCACUCUACGGCUGCCGCCCGGCUUCCCUGUCAAGAUCGAGAUCCCGCUGUACCACAUCCUGAACGCCAGGAUCACCUUCAGCAACCUGAACGGCUGCGAGGAGGGAGCCGGCGUCCGCACCGACAAUGAGAUGGUGGCAGACGGGGAGGGACAGAGAGACCCCCCGAGGACGGAGACCCCCUCUCCGGGCAGCGACUCGUCCAGCGUCUCCAGCUCCAGCUCCACCAUGUCGUGCCGGGCUGGAGAGAUCCCCCCGUGCGUGUUCGAGCCCCCGCCCGGCUACACCAUGCUGGGAGGCAAACAGAGAGACAGCAUGAGGGAGGAGGAGGAGGACCUGCUCCAGUUUGCCAUACAGCAGAGUCUGCUGGAGGCCGGAUCCGAGUACGAUCAGGUGACCAUCUGGGAGGCGCUGACCAACAGCAAGCCGGGGACACACCCCCUGUCCUGCGACCCCAGCCGUCUGGAGAGGACCCCUCAGCACAAGCCCCGCCCCCCAUCCAGCCUCUGCUCCACCCCCUCCAAGAAGCCGCCCCCGGCCUGCAGCUACGACCAGCAGCUGCGCAUCGCCAUGCAGAUCUCGGCCCGGGAGCAGGAGCAGGCAGACCUGCGGCGGCGGCAGGAGGACGAGGAGCUGCAGCGCAUCAUCCGGCUGUCGCUCAUGGAGAAAUGAGAGGCGCGUUGGGCGGGUCUGCGGGGAGGGGUCUGGGCCGAGGACACCUGGGAGAAAAAGGAGCAGAAGCGGCCGCCUCAAAACACGAAGCACACUCUCCGGGUGGCCGGGGAUACGCACCCAAACAUCUCACCGAUCAAACCGUCUCCUUCUCCCGUCGCCCUGGCCAGACCUUUCCCACCAAGCCAUAGGGUUACGUCUGCUGUCCAGCCCUCCGACAGCUCAGAGAGGGACCGGAGUCCUCUCUGCGGGGCCACGCGGCCCCUCUCUCUCGACCAGUGCCAGUUUACAAACCAACAACACCCAAAACAAGCUCACUGGACCAGUGGGUUCUGACUGCAGGUACUUGUGAGUAUUUUAAAACCAGCUCUCUGCACCAGGGCAAAGAGGUCACCGUCUGUCCUGAACACACACACAUACACACACACACACACACACACACACACACACACACACACACACACACACACACACACACACACACACACACACACACACACACACACACACACACACACACA